UGGCCCUGCAGCUGUGUGAUGAACGGAGAGAGGAGCGUCGCUGGGAAGGUGGAGAUGUCUCUGGAGAUCGUGACGGAGCAGGAACACGAGGAGAGACCAGCGGGGGUCGGGAGGGACGAACCCAACAUGAACCCCCACCUGGAGGAGCCUCAGCGUCCGGACACCUCCUUCCUGUGGUUCUCCUCCCCCUUCAAGACGCUGAAGUUCAUCCUGUGGAGGCGCUGGAAGUGGUUCAUCAUCCUCUUCAUCAUCUUCUUCUUCGUCUUCCUCUUCUUCGGAGUCUUCCUCUACUCCUUCCCGAACUACGCUGCCAUGAAGAUGGUCGGACCUUUCGGACCGGCAAAGCCCUCAGAGUGAUGAAGAUGAUGAUGAAGGAGGGACGAGGAAGAAAGUGGAGUUUGAUGCUGAAUUCAACAGAUGUGUGUGUGUGUGUGUGUGUGUGUGUGUGUGUGUGUGUGUGUGUGUGUGUGUGUGUGUGUGUGUGUGU